CACAAAGUAGGCACAGAUCACGUCGUGCACAGACGCUCUCUACAGCCCUGAACGGUUCGGCGAUGAAGAGGGCACCCAUGGGCUCCUGCAACUGGAUUUUGGUCUUGUCCGUUUUAAUAUAUUUCCAGCAGGUCACUGGGCUGGAGAGAACAGAGUGCCACACGGACAAGACAUGUGAUUUUGUGUGCGACUGUACCCGCUGUUCUGAUGAACAGGGCUGUGGUUACAAAGGUCCAGAUUUCAUUUGUGACUUUGAAGACUCGGACAUGUGCGGAUGGACAGAUACCUCAGUAACCAAGACAUAUGCUUGGGAGAGACGACAGAGAGGGGCUUCCCUGCCAGACAGUGGCCCCUCAUCUGACUACACCACAGGCACAUCCACAGGAUGGUUCAUGGGUGUGACUGAGGUAAAAGUAGAGACUCCCCGCGAUGCUCUUCUGACAUCUCCCCGGAUCAACCAGUCUGCUCCCACAUGUCGACUAAAGUUUCAAUACUUCAUCUGGGACUCUGGUCAUACAGGACUGGGAGACUCUUCGUUGUAUGUGUCUGUGAUACGACAAGAUGGGAAGAAGGGAACUGUGUGGAGAUCAGAGGGAACCAGCAUCCGUGGCUGGAGAGAAGCCACCGCGUUCCUGGGUCGUAUCCCUGAAGCUUUCCACAUCCAGAUACACUCACGUCGCCAAGAGGGGAAACCUGGAGAUGUGGCCAUUGAUCAGUUGGAAUUCCUGAACUGUGCACUGCCUGUGAGCAGUGCAGCGUGUGGGGCAGAAUCCCUGCUGUGCCGGCAUGGCGGCUGUGUGGAGAAGCAUCAGGUGUGUGACGGAACUGACGACUGUGGUGACGGAACAGACGAGGAGAGCUGUGGAGAGUAUAUGAGAUGUGACUUUGAGGAGGACCUGUGCGGAUGGGAUUUAAGAACUAUCAUUACUUCUGUGAAAUGGACCAGGACUAGCCAGAUAAACAUUUCCAUAUCUGAUCCACUGGACGGACCCGGAAGAGACCACACUACCAAUACUGAAUCAGGUCACUUCCUUUACCUCACAAAGCCAGAUGUGUUUAAGAGUGACUGGUCAUUUUUUCAAAGCCCUCUGCUUGACCCAACCAACAGCUCCCAUCCAUGCAGGAUGGUGAUGUACACACACCAGUUUGGGCCGGUUUCAGGUGGGCUGUCGGUCCUGGUGGCUGGGGAAAAGAUUGAACCGGUUUGGGAGCGAGGGGGUUCAUUAGGUGACCUGUGGGUGAAGGCGGAGGUGGAGUUCGUGGUCAACAGCACUUUCCAGAUCUUAUUUGUGGGCGCGAUUCGAGAUCGAGAAUAUGGAGGAAUUGCCAUUGAUAACAUUAUACUGUCCCCUGAGUGCCGCUUAUCUAGUGGCAUAAAGCAUAAUGCAUCAUUUCCCCAAAGUCCUGGCAAUCCAUGCACAGACGACAUUAAUAAAAUGUGUAACUUUAAAAAGGAUUGUGAGAGUGGUGAGGAUGAGGCCAAGUGUGGUGAUUUCUCAUAUGCGAAUGGAAGCUCAGGGUGGACCGAUACCAGCAUAGGUAGUCAGGGCUGGGAGCUGCAUCGUGAAGUCAAUGGCACGCCCAUGGAGGAGUUCCUGCAUGUGACUGCAGCGGCCGGUCAGCAGCUCAGUGAAGCCCAGACACGCACGCCUCUCCUGGGUCCAUCUGGCCCCUCCUGCACUCUCCAGUUCUCAUACAGUCUCACCGGCAACAAUGCCCACAUUGGUAAAGUGUCAGUCGGUGUGGUGGACAGCGUGUUGGGGACCCAGCCGAGCCUGUGGGAGUUCAGUGGGACGACUGGGCAGGAGCAUGGGGUGUGGCUGGAGAAAGAGGUGUACGUAGGAGCUCGAGGUCAUAGAUUCCAGCUGGAGUUCAGGGCCCGUGCUACAGAGCUUAAUGGAAAUGCUAGGAUAGCAGUUAAGGACGUUCACUUUCUCAACUGCCACCCUGAGUAUCUCCCAUCCUCUCCCACUGACCUGUCAUGCAAUUUUGAGACUGGCCUAUGUGGGUGGUACCAGGACCAAACAGACAACUACGACUGGAUUCUACAAAGUGGAAUGGACCACACUAUUUCUACAGGGAGCAGUCUGGUGGUGGAUAUGUGGGACCCAUCUCUGCGGGGUCUUUCAGGUCGUCUUCUCUCUUUCACCCGGGAGCCUGCCAACACUCAACACUGCCUUUCCUUCUAUUACAAACUGUAUGGCCCUCAGACAGGUGGGUUAAAUGUUAAAGUGCUAUAUGCAGAUGGUGUAGAGCAGUUGUUGUGGACCCGCAGUGGUGCCCAUGGAAAUAGGUGGCAUGAGGGCCAUUGCACAGUUCCUCCUCAGCUUACUGCUUUCCAGUUAAUGUUUGAGGCAGUGCGUUCUGGUUUCGAUGGCCAGGUGGCAAUAGAUGAUUUGGCAUUUGUGCCAGGAUCAUGUGCUUUGCCAAACAUGUGUUCCUUUGAGGGACAGAACUGUGGAUACACUUCAACUGGAACUCCCAGUUGGGUCCUGCAGAGCUGGGCCUCCUCUGAGACUGGACCCAAAACUGACCACACCCUGGACACAAAGACAGGGUACUACAUGAUGAUCCACAGUGGAACAGAGACUCUUCCCCAGGGCAGUGUGAGCACCCUGACUUCCCCUGUGCACAGAGGUGUGGACUACACUGAGUGUCUGCAGUUUUGGUACUAUAUGGGGGGAGACAACCCUGGUUCUCUAAAUGUGUUUGUGAAGCCCGUGAAAGGAGACAGGAUUAAACUAUUCUCCAGCAGUGUGAACCAGGGAGACGUUUGGCGUCAUGCAUCAGCCAAUAUCGACUGGCAUGGAGACUGGCAGCUGCAGUUUGAAGUUGAGGGAGCAGGUGGCAAAGAGACUCACAUUGCAGUGGAUGACAUCAUCUUGUUAUCGCACAGUUGUCCUUCCUUGGGUGAUCUCUGUGAUCUGGAGCAUGGUCUGUGUGGAUGGUCCAACACUCAGAACACAGAGCUGGACCUAUUAGACUGGGAGCUGACCAGUGUGUCGGUGGAGACAAAAUACCCCACACCUCCAUAUGACCAUACACUGAGCAAUGAAAGAGGUCACUUCUUGUCCCUCCCCCAUACCGAGCGGGCCACUGAAAAAUAUAAUGCUUGGCUUCUGAGUCCUUACCAACCCCCCACUAAAGGCAGCUGCCUGUCUUUUUGGGUUCAUCAGCCCACAUACCAUGAUAGCACAUUAAAGGUGCUGAGGUUGUCUGGACAUGAAAGGGAGGAGCUUCUGAGUCUGACAGAGGUUGAAGGUGGAGUUUGGAAAUAUUUUAAAAUUGAUGUCACCUCAGAUACAGAAUACCAGAUUGUGUUUGAAGGACUUAAAGGAGAAAAGGGAGUUCUUGCUCUGGAUGACAUCACGUUCACUGUUGGAAUUAACUGUGCAGGAAAGGUCACAGACCCCCAGACAACUUCCUCUUCGUCUGACAACACUGCUGGAAUCGUUGCCUCUGUCAUAGUACUUAUACUUCUGCUGAUCACACUGAGUGGAAUAUUGGUGUUCUGCCUGCGCAUUCGGGAGAAGGCCAGAGCUUUGACAGAGCAGACCACAAGUGUAGACAACAGUGGCUUUAGCAACGAUUUAUAUGAGCCUACAAACGUACCAGACAGAGUGACUGUGAACCAGAUGCCCAUACAAGGGCAGGAUGCUGAUGUAAGAAUUUAGCACAGUGCAGGAGCAGGAGGUGUCUUAGGAGAGUGGGAGACUGCGCCACCUAGUUGUGGCCAUGGAGCAAAUCAGGCGAUGUCACAGCAGAAGAACUGCUUGUGUCGUCUACAUCAGUCUCCGCCCCAAAUGGAGAUACCUGCACGCCCAUACACACACACACACACACACACACACACACACACACAAACUUACAAAUGUGAGCGUUCAUACUCCCACACACAGGGACACACAGGCACACACAUGCACACGCAUGAACAUGGGUACACACAGACACA